AUGUUUGUGGAUGAGCGGAUAGUAACGCUGUUCAAAAGGAAUGCCCAUCACACGCUGACUUACUGGAGUGUUUUCUUCAGCUUUGGACUGUGCAUAGCAUUUCUUGGACCUACUAUUUUGGACUUGCAAUGUCAAACUAACUCCACGCUGAGUCAGAUUACCUGGGUCUUCUUUGCCCAGCAGUUUUGUUUGUUGAUCGGCAGCUCUGUCGGAGGGGUUUUCAAGAGGACGUUGCUGAGUGCGCUCUCAGCUUUGUUUGUCUCGGCUCUCAUCAUCUCGAUAAUCUUCGCCAUCAUCCCCUGGUGCAAUAAUGUGCUUGUGCUGGCUAUUGCUAUGGCUGUUUCUGGAUUGGCCAUGGGCAUCAUUGACACCAUCGCUAAUAUACAGCUCGUUACCAUCUAUCAGAAAGAUUCAGCUGUUUUUCUCCAGGCUCUCCACUUCUUCAUCGGGUUCGGAGCCCUGGUGAGCCCACUGAUUGCCGAUCCUUUCCUCUCUGAGACAGGCUGCGGGAACCACACAGGGAACCAGACGGAGAUGAUACAUCACUUUAGGAACAUGCUGAGGCACAGUCCCAUUGCAGAACACAACAUCAAUCAGAGCACACCGCAUCCUCACGCUGAAGAGGAGUCCAGUGUGCAGUACGCUUUCUGGAUCAUGGCGCUCAUAAAUCUGCCUGUACCUCUGGCUGUCUUGUACCUUAUGUAUCGGGAGCAGCUGAUCCCCUUUUGCCCCGGUGGAACUCCUCGUCUUCUGGACAAAGAUGAACUGGCCAUGGAAAACCAGCAAGGCCAGGCGUCCACAGAGCCCGCAGAGCACACAGGAGGUCACGGGGAUAUCUUCAGCUGCUGUCAGAAUGAUAACCUGCGUGGUUUGCCUGUGUCUUUCUUCAUGAUUCAUAUUCUGGGUGGACUGGUUCUUUUUAUGACGGAUGGCAUUGUGGGGGCAUAUGCUGGCUUUGUGUACACCUAUGCCGUCAGUCCACCCAUGUACAUCCCACACAAGAUCGCAGGUUACCUGGCCAGUAUUUUCUGGGCCGCCAUCACAGGUGGACGCCUGCUAUCUAUUCCUCUCUCCUACCGUUUCCAGCCAGUGCGAUUGCUGAUAUUUAACUUGGCUGGUGCUAUAGUGACGGUGCUCAUGCUGCUCAUAUUCUACACCAGCAAUAUCUUUCUGUUUGUUGGCACCUGUUUGUGUGGGCUUUUCCUCAGCAGUAUCUUCCCCUGUAUGCUCGCCUACACAGAGGACAUUCUGGAUUAUCAAGGAUGUGCCACUUCUGUCUUAGUUACUAGUGCUGGCAUGGGGGAGAUGGUCAUGCAGGUUCUUGUUGGCCAAAUUAUUCAAACUGAAGGCAGCUACAGUUUCUUGCUUUGUGGGGUGAUUAUUGCUUGCCUUGGCUUUAUUGUGUUUAUUGGAUUGCUGUUUUUCCACCGGAUGCACAGAAACUACUUGACGGGAACUCAGAGAAAGUCAGCCAUGGUGGAAGAUUGGAAGGUCCGUAUCUUCCCCAAGUUUCUGCUGCUGCCAACGCCCGGCCAAGGAAAGACAGAUCAUUACGGGCGAAACCACGAAAAAACAGCACAAAUGCAGACCAUCAAGUGUGUAGUAGUCGGCGAUGGAGCAGUGGGUAAAACCUGCCUCCUCAUUUCAUAUACCACCAACAAAUUCCCCUCUGAAUAUGUGCCCACUGUAUUUGACAACUAUGCAGUAACUGUAAUGAUUGGGGGUGAACCCUACACCCUUGGUUUGUUUGACACAGCAGGUCAGGAGGAUUACGAUAGAUUACGACCACUAAGCUACCCUCAGACUGAUGUUUUCUUAGUCUGUUUCUCUGUUGUGUCCCCAUCCUCAUUUGAAAACGUUAAAGAAAAGUGGGUUCCAGAAAUUACGCACCACUGUCCCAAGACUCCGUUCCUUUUGGUUGGCACUCAGAUUGAUUUACGAGAUGACCCCUCCACAGUCGAGAAACUUGCCAAAAACAAACAGAAGCCCAUCACCUCUGAGACGGCAGAAAAACUGGCUCGCGAUCUCAAAGCCGUCAAAUACGUGGAGUGCUCAGCCUUAACACAGAAAGGGUUAAAGAAUGUGUUUGAUGAGGCAAUACUGGCUGCCCUGGAGCCACCUGAACCUAAGAAAAGACGUAAAUGUGUGCUACUCUAA